GCCUCCGUGGAGCAUUCGAGCACGCACGCACGCACUGGCGUGGUCUGGCGAGAUCGACGGAGUCACCGCCGAGCCUCGCCGGAGCGUGGCGGUAUACAUACGUACGCUUCGACUAUUGUAAUGGAUCGGCGGGCGGCCUGCGGCGGCGAAGCAGAGGGCGUUCACAGGCGGCGCCCGUACAAGGGCGUGAGGCGGCGGCAGUGGGGGAAGUGGGUGUCGGAGAUCCGGGUGCCCGGGACGCGGGAGCGCCUCUGGCUCGGCUCCUACGCCUCCGCCGAGGCGGCCGCCGUCGCGCACGACGCCGCCGUCUGCCUCCUCCGCGGCGGCUCCGGCUACGGCGGCCUCAACUUCCCGGGCCGCGCGGCCGCCUACGGCCACGUCCUUCCCCAUGGCGUCCAGCGGCUGUCGCCACGCUCGGUCCAGCGCGUGGCGUCCGACGCCGGCAUGGCCGCCGACGCGCAGCUUGUGGAGCUGCGUGAGCGUGCCCCCGCGCCGCCCGGCCAGGAGACGGCGCCGGUCGCUGGCAUUGGCGCCGCGCAAGGUGGUGCGGGUGCCGGAGAGCCAGUGGCGUACGGUGGUACGAGGAGCUGCAGCCCCGGCAGCGAGCAGCUUGUCUAUGGGGAGCUCAGUGUGGACGACAUGGAGAUCGUGACGAUGUUGCAGUUAGUGUAGUUGUAGAUCGUCAAUUUUUUGCAGAUCAAUAGCGUUGCAGAACAGAUCCGUCGCUUGAGUUAAGAUUCAGCAAGUGUAUAGUACUGGUAUAUGAUAAUUCAUAAUAUAGGCGCUCUUUUU